AGAUCUUAUUCAGAAAAAAUGUGGCUCUUGUAUUUUCUUAGCAUCUGUAUAUUUUCCUCCAUAUCACUUCCGGUAAAAGCUUUAUGCUAGAGAAUGAGCAUGUCGGGGAAAAGAUUCUAACAAUCCCUGUUAUCCUGCAUCCCAUACAGGAUCCAUUCCAUGUCAUCAGGUUCUUCCGUAUUGUCAGAAAGAAAAUUCCAACAUCCCUCGGUGUAUUGAAAACAAGAUGAGAGAUUGUACAACUAUUCAAACCCGUAUCCCAAAUCCAGACCUUUAUAUGAAACCAAUUGAUUUGGAACAGGCCAAACUGGAGACAACGUAUGGGCAUGUAAUUCAUAUUCCUACCGAGGCCAUCAUAAAAAGCGGUUGGAAGGAGAACACUAGUGUGUCCCUGAAGGUAUCUGUACUCAACAACAGCAUUUUCGAGGCAUCUUCUAAUCCACAAUCUGUAGAUGGGAGAGUCUUAGGUGUGUGGCUUGGUGAACAAGAUGUCAACAAUCUUUCUCAACCUGUUAAAAUGCAGUUUGCAAAUACAAAAGAGAAUAUAAGUGGGACAUGUGUCUUCUGGAAGUAUACUUCAGGUAUCUGGAGCAGUGAUGGAUGUAGCACCACCAGAAACGAUACACACUUUGUCUGCAGUUGCAAUCACCUCAGUUUUUUUGCAGUUCUCAUCAGUCCUGAUAGUGUACAAAAUCCUGAAGAUGUUCGUCGUCUUGAAUACAUUACAUACAUUGGGUCUUCUUUCUCUGUACUAUUUACAGCCAUCGUUAUCAUCUUGUUUUUAAUUGAAAGAAAGAGGAAGUCAGAGCACUCUGUUGUGAUUCAUGUGCAACUAUCAGGCUCACUGUUCCUGCUGCACCUCUUCUUUCUGGCCAGCGCACUGGGGUCAGGAACAGAAAUUAAUUCAGCAUGUCAGUGCCUCGGCCUUAUCUUACACUGGGCCUUGCUAGCCACCUUCACCUGGACCGCUAUCGAAGGUUUUCACCUGUACCUGCUCCUCGUGCGGGUCUUCAACAUCUACAUCAGGAGAUAUUUGCUCAAACUUUGCGUAGUGGGCUGGGGAGUUCCUGUAAUCACGGUGAUGAUCUGUGGCCUGACUGGUGCAUAUGGCAAAUACCCCUUAACAGAGAGAAACAACAAUGAAACAAAUCUCUGCUGGAUAAAUAAUAAGACUGUGAGUUAUAUAACAGUAAAUGGUUAUUUGGGACUGGUGCUACUCUUCAACAUAGUGAUCAUGGGUGUGAUAGUGGUGAAGGUGUGGCAGUUAAAAUUGCGAGGUGUGCAGACUGGGAACAGAUUAAGAAGGCUGUGGAAGGACUGCGCUAUUAUCCUGGGGCUCGGUGUGGUUUUGGGUCUGUCAUGGGGACUGGCCUUUUUUACCUAUGGACCCCUGAGUCUUUCAGGGAUUUACACCUUUACCAUCCUAAAUUCAUUUCAAGGUGUUUUUGUGUUCUUUUGGUUCUUAUCACUCACCUGCAAGUCAACUCACGAGGAAGGGUCCGUAACAAAGAAUUUAUCCCUGAGUAAUUUCAGCUCAUGAUACUGGCACAAAGCACUGAACCACAAUGGGUUGGAUUGCGAGUCAAGAGAUGAGGAUUUGUCCUGAGAUGUACCUGAAAUCAUCUAACUUGAACACUCUCUUCUAUAUGAUACUUCUUUUUAAUUCUUUAACUUAAUUAUAAUCUUUAUGUCUUAUAGAAAGUCAAUGUAAAUAGAAAAUUUUAACUUUUUUAAAGAGCAAAUGUUGAAUAUGUUUGUCUGUUUUCUUGCGAUAAGCCAAUGACUUUUUGAUUUAGGGUUUUGUAACAUGUUGUUCGCAUGUCCUUUUAAACAUAAUGUAAAAUAUUGAAAAAAUUUAAAUCAUAUUAAUAUUCUGUAUAUUACAUAGAUCACUAUAUAUAACUAUAUACCAGCAAGUGAGCACCAUCCAUGCCUGUGAGGAGAAAAGGCAAGCCUGUCUAUCCAAACCCACCAGAACACUCGGGGGGCUAUCGCGUGCUGCGCACAGGGCCCGGCAGGCACAGAGCCCAACAACAUCAAGCUGGUGGCCAAACUCCCAGGAUCCCAAUCCGAUCAAUGAUGGGAUGCAACAGCCCUAAAAAAUCUAAUCCAAGUGGCCCCACCCUGCCACUAUGGUUUAGGAGCAUCAUGUAUCACGCAUGAGCUUCUUGUUUUAAUUCUGAGCGUCACGUGAUCACAGCUGAGCCAACGUUUUUUCUCUCUCUUGCGCUGCGGAAUUCUGGGUAAUCGUCUCCCCUGCCGGGUCUUGGUGCGCUUAUGCUCUUACUGGUAUGCGUGUGUGUACAGCGCGGGUGAUGAAUAAAGCAAAAGCAAGUCUCAUUCGAGAGGUUCAAAUUUCAUUUUCUCUCUCUGCUCAAGGCUUAGCCUCCUCUUUGCAUGUGUGCGUGUGUCAUUGGACACCAUGCCACACACACACAGACCCCUCCCACUUUCGCCUUCACAGACACACACACGAUUCUUUUCAAAGGUAAAGUGCAGGUUAAUUUGUUUUAUUUUUACUUUACAGCAGGGAUUCCGUUAGUGUGUCACUUAAUCGGGUGAUAUUAGAGAGAUUUCUUUUUUAUUUUUCUGAUAAAACAGUGUUUCCGUUGUGUGUGAAAAGAGUGAAGGAAGGAUAACUGUGUAAGACAAGAAGAGGGAGAGGGGAGCUUACUUUAGAUUCACACACACAUAUAUACAGUAUAAAUCGUCAGCGCGCACAAACGGAAACACUUAUCUGUCUGGAUUUUUUUUCUCCUUUUAUUUCAGGGUAAAGUGCAGGUUAAUUUGUUUUAUUUUUACUUUAUAUUUUGUGUUAAUUAUUUUUUAUGUAUUUAUUUUUUGGGGCUGUGAAAUGAAUAAUUUGAGUUUAAACUAUUUCUUAUGGGAAAAUUUAACUUGAUUUACGAGUGUUUUGAAUUAGCAGAUCAACCGUGAAAGUCAUUGGAGUAACAUUAGACAAGAAAUUUGUAAAAGCAUUAUAUUAAAUGUCCUGUUUUUUUAAAGACUCUUACUUUCAUGUGAUUUUACUCCAAUUCAUUUUAUUUUAUUUUUACGCUUUAAACAAUAAAAGCCCAGAGUUUAUGG